AUGACCGUCAGAGCCCAAAAAUUCACACCAGAGGUGUUGCUCUCGGCACCACGCCGAUCAGCAGGCGUACCUAAUGCUGACGGCACUUUGGUUCUCUACACCACGAGCACGUACUCCUUCGAAUCUCAUACCAAGACUGUCGAGUUGAGAAGCCUGGAUACCAAGUCUAACGAGAGCACUCUCCUGGUCCAAGAGAACACCAUUAGCGAACCUGUCUGGUUGCCCGGCGACAAGGAUGUCUUUGCCUGCCUCAAGGGCGAGGACAAGGGCAAGACUUCUAUCCUCAUUGCAACAACCAAAUCUACCUCUGACUGGAAAGAUUCGACGUACACCGCUGGAUCAAUCGAUGCUCCUGCAAGCAGCCUGAAGAUCACGCAACUUUCUGACUCUUCUUACGCGGUUGUUCUGGCCGCCCAAUGCUUUCCAGACGGAUCUUUGUACAACAGUGAAACAGCUCCCAAAACUCACUCGACUGGAAAGCUGUACAAGAACUUGUUCGUGAGGCAUUGGGACGACUAUGUUACUCCACAGAAGAACACCUUGUGGUACGCUACUCUGACCAAGGCCAAGGAUGGCAAGUUCGAGUUGAGCAAGUGGGUCAACGCCCUCAAGGGAGCCGCUGGUCUUGAGAGUCCUGUUCCACCCUUUGGAGGUGCGGACAGUUUCGAUGUCAGCAAAUCUGGUAUCGUGUUUGUCUCCAAAGACCCCAAGGCCAGUCCUGCUUUGAGUACCAAGUGCAAUGUGUACUAUAUCGAGCUUCACACAUUUGCUGAGGAUCCUGCCCCCAAGCCUUUCGAAUACAAGAUUCACAACUUCGAAGGCGCUAGUACCUCACCUGUCUUCUCUCCGGAUGGCAAGAAAGCGGUCUUCUUGAGCUUGUCUACUGCUGGAUACGAGAGCGACAAGUCUCAGAUCUUCUUGAUUGAAGAUUUGAAGAAGGGUUCGGCCAAGCGUAUAUUUGACCAAACGAAGGAGGGAAAUCUAGACAAGAGCCCACAAACUUUGUACUUCUCUGCCGAAGACGAAGGAUACGGCCGCCUCUUUGCCUUGACAUCAGUAGGUUCUGACGUCAAGGUAUUGCGCCCACUUACAAAAACCGGUUCUGUCUCGGAUGUGCGACCCCUGGAGUCAGGAGAUGUAUUCUACACCAGCAGCUCUCUCGUCGACUACUCUUCGUACAGCAUUAUCGGAAGCUCGGAAGCCGAGGCACAAAAUGCGAAAUGGACACACUCGUCAUCCAAGGGUGGUUCUUCUCUGGGUCUGAAGGCCUCUCAGGUCUCUUCGAUUCAUACACCUGCUUCAGACCCGACGGUGAACAAGACUGUACAUUCUUGGGUAUACAAGCCAUCCAACUUUGAGGAAGGCAAGAAGUACCCACUUGCUCUCCUGAUUCAUGGUGGACCUCAAGGAUCCUGGGGAGACUCGUGGAAUGUGGUUGUCACACCAAACAUUACUGGUUCGACAGGUUAUGGCCAGGCUUUUACAGAUGCCAUCAGAAAGGAUUGGGGCGGUGCACCUUACAACGACCUUGUCAAUGUCAUGGACUGGAUCGAGAAGAAGAUGCCUGAAGUCGACAUGACAAGAGCAGUGGCUCUCGGUGCGAGCUAUGGUGGAUACAUGGUCAACUGGCUCAACGGUCACGAUCUGGGGCGCAGAUUCAAAGCACUCGUCUGCCACGACGGCAUUUUCUCGUUUGCUGGUGGUCUGCUUGCCACGGAGGAGCUUUACUUUCCUNUGUACGUCUCGAUCCACGACCUGGGUGGUACACCUUGGUACUCUCCCNCCAAGAACCAAACCACUGAUGACGCCAAAGAAACAUUUGGACAGACUUCACUUGAUGCCUGGAUCAAGAAUGACCCAAGCCGCUACCUCGACCACUGGCAAACACCUCAACUGGUUAUCCACAACGAAAAAGACUAUCGUCUGUGCAUCUCUGAAGGACUUGCAGCUUUCAAUGUUCUCCAAGCCCGUGGCAUUGAUAGCCAGUUCCUCACAUUCCCUGAUGAAAAUCACUGGGUCCUCAAGCCAGAGAAUAGCUUGGUGUGGCACAAGGUUGUGCUGAACUGGAUCAACAAGUAUGCCGGUCUCCCUGCGUACUGUGAGGAUGAUGAAGAGAGUGAGAGUUUCUUUGGUGGAGUGAAGGAGAACAAGGAAGAGCUCGUCGAGAUGGCUGGUAUGGGCAAGCCCGAGACUUGA